CCCCCUCACAUUCCCCGAGCCUUCGCUUUCCGGCCGUCAAGUUGGGUGCGAACAAGCGGGGGUGGGUGUGUAAUGUGUGCGUGAGAGUGAGUCCAGCGAGGAAGAAAGGGGACGUUUUUUAUUAUUAUUUUCCUUUCCAAACGAAUCGACAAAAAAUACCAACAGGAGGAGCCGGUAACGGUGAACAUUUCGAAGGGGAGAGAGAGAGAGAGAGGAAAAAAGGGAGGAGGAGGAAAAAAAUCUGACGUGCCGGAGGAUUAUGUGGAAAGAAAAUAACCCGUAACCGGGUCUUCGUUUUUCUUCCGCCUCCCUUUCUUUUUAUCCCACCCCACCCCCCUCCCUUUAUUUCUCUUCAUGUCGGCGUCGCUGUGAGGAGAAAGGCAUUCCUUCCUUUUGCCCCCCUCCCUCCCUCUCUCUCCCUCCCUUCCUAACCAAAAGCCCCCCCGCCCCACCACCACCUCUGCAAACAAACAAUAUACCUCCGGCUUCAUGACUCUCGACUCUGUCAUGGCGUGCUGCCUGAGCGAGGAGGCGAAAGAAUCCAAGAGAAUCAAUGCCGAGAUAGAGAGGCAACUACGGCGGGACAAGCGGGAUGCGCGCAGGGAGCUGAAGCUGCUGCUUCUGGGCACAGGAGAAAGCGGCAAGAGCACAUUCAUCAAACAGAUGCGGAUCAUUCAUGGAAGUGGAUAUUCGGAUGAUGACAAACGGGGUUUUACUAAGUUAGUCUACCAAAAUAUAUUCACUGCCAUGCAGUCGAUGAUCAGAGCCAUGGAAACGCUUAAAAUCCAGUACAAGUAUGAGCAAAAUAAGGCCAAUGCACAAUUGAUUCGAGAGGUUGAUGUAGAAAAAGUAGCAUCGUUCAGUAGUCCAUAUGUAAGUGCAAUAAAGACUCUGUGGCAUGAUCCAGGAAUUCAAGAGUGUUAUGACCGAAGGCGAGAAUAUCAAUUGUCAGACUCUGCUAAAUAUUACCUUAGUGAUUUGGAGCGUAUAUCAGAUCCUGCCUAUCUACCAACCCAACAAGAUGUUCUUAGAGUUCGAAUCCCAACAACAGGGAUCAUUGAAUACCCUUUUGAUUUGCAAAGCAUCAUCUUCAGGAUGGUGGACGUUGGAGGUCAGAGAUCAGAAAGAAGGAAAUGGAUACAUUGCUUUGAAAAUGUGACAUCAAUCAUGUUUUUAGUGGCACUUAGUGAAUAUGAUCAGGUUCUAGUAGAAUCUGAUAAUGAGAAUCGUAUGGAGGAGAGUAAAGCUCUAUUUAGGACGAUAAUCACGUAUCCAUGGUUUCAAAACUCUUCAGUCAUUCUCUUCCUAAAUAAGAAGGAUCUUCUGGAAGAAAAAAUAAUGUACUCCCAUUUGGUUGACUAUUUUCCAGAAUUUGAUGGCCCACAGAGAGAUGCGCAAGCUGCCAGAGAAUUUAUUCUGAAGAUGUUUGUUGACCUGAAUCCUGAUAGUGAUAAAAUCAUCUACUCUCACUUCACAUGUGCCACAGACACGGAGAACAUACGUUUUGUCUUUGCAGCCGUCAAAGAUACGAUCCUACAACUGAAUCUGAAGGAGUACAACUUGGUCUGACCUGACCAAAGCAGUAAAGAAAGGAAAUAAGAAAAUUUAAACCAUAAUGAUCGCAAUUGUUAUGAUCUGUGAAGUUUGCAAACUGCUAAUUGUCAUCCUGAAUACUUGUCUUUGUGCGUCCACGAGUUGUAGCUUUAAAAAAAAAACAGAAAUGGUUUUAUUCAACAAUGCAGGGUGGGGAGGGACAGGGGACACAACAUUUUUAAUGUGCAUCUUUUUUGGUGCCAAUCUACAUUUCCAUUUUUUUCAGAUCACUUAAUGACUAGCUGUAUAACAGAUAGUUGGCUUGAGCUACAAUCUCUUUAAUGCUUGUUCACACAAACAAAUAGCAAGUGUUAUUCCACUUGCCAAAUCAAAAUGCAAUGCCACCCCUCUUGCUCUUUUGGUUAUGCUGGCCUUCUGCUGUCUGAUCACAGAUAUACUCUGUGGUGUGAAGUGGUGAUGUUUCAGAACUCUGUAACAGAAACCAGGUCAUCACUUCCUUAAUUGAUGUACUGUUUCUGGGGGUUUUUUUCCUGAUCAAUGAGAAAGUGUUGAUACUGUGAUUUAUUUUUUUGAUUUUUUUUAAAAUAAAUUAUUGAUGUUAUACAUAUAGUUUGCUACUUGCUGUACUUCAGCCAUGGACUACAAAGUUGGGAGCUCAUUAAGCAAUAGCAGCUUGAGCAAAUAUCAUGGGGAAAACUGGGGGUGGCGGGGGGAAUUUGCUCAUAGUUAGAAACCAGAGAUGUGGAAAUAAUGAUUACUUGGCAAACAAAUGAAGCCAAAUCUAGUAUAAAGAAAUGAGUGUAUUUAUCUAAUUUAUGGACCAGUAUACUUAGGCUUAAUUUCAGAUUAGAAUGUUUCUGUAUGAAUUGGUUUACAGAUACUCACCUGUUGCCAAACUUUGAUUUUUUUUUUACUGCUGUACACUACAGUGGCAGGUUAUGGAGUUUUUUUUAGGAUGACUUGCUAAACUAAAGUAAAUUGACAGUUUAUGCUAAAUUUAGCCAGAUGAGGGUUUUUAAACCUUGAAAGUUUUUAAUAGAAGGAUAGUUUUAUGCGGUCAGGUACUUUUUACAGAAUCUUUUUUUAAUAGGUGUAUCAGGCCUGUUUGAAAAGAAAACCUCUGUUUUAUAGGAAUGCAGGUGCCAAGAAAGUUGCACUACACAGCUCUUAAUUUGUGAUUUCUCUAGUUAAAGGAUGGCUUUUAUAAAUGCUGCAUAGUGCCAUAACUAUAAUGUACCUUACAUUUAAAAGUUUUGACCUCGCCAAACGAAUAUCAAGACUACUUUGUAAUAUUAAUCGUCAGUAGUCCUGAUCUAAAUGCUACAUCUCAGUGGUGAAUUGGUAUAGCAGAAUAUGGCAUGUUCAGAAGUAUGUGUGAUUUUAAGUGCAGUUGGAAACGUAUUUCAUCUGCAUUCAGAUCAUUGUGCUGCUCCCUACUCAAUGAUAGUACAGUCAGUACGUUUGAGCUUCCGAGUUGUAGUUCUUGAUAUCACCAAUAGGAAAUGCCCUGUCAUUUGUUCUGAGCUUUGGCUAACAUUCAACAAUGUGGUGAUUGAUUUAAUAUACACGUGGAUCUUCUCGCAUUAAAGCAACUGGGGUAGAAUGAGUUAGAGCAGCAAAGGCAGACAAGAUAUAACAUUUUGCAUUUUAUUGUUUGACUAUAAUCCAACAAAUGCUUUUUCAAAUAUUGCUGACUGUUCAGAAGUAUAACCAUAGAUAAUAGAUUGUGUAUUUUUAAAAUGGAAUGCAGAUUCAUGAUUCAGAGUUAAAUAAAUCCUAUUUCAAAAUUGGCCAAAAGUGUAAUUGUGGAAGCACGGAACGAUAAUAUUGAAUGAGUCAUGGUGAGAAUGCCAUUGUAACAGCAUAAUUGUUUAUCAAUAUUAAUUUCUAAGAUAGUACAACAUAGGCUGAUAGUUUUGAUUGGCAAAAAUGUGUUGAAACUGGUGGCAGCAAAGAUGUGUUUCUUCAAUUCUAAGUAUUUUUUGGAAAAGUAAUGAUUGAGCUAAAUUUCUGGGAAAAUUGAUGAUCUGGCAUUUGUACUCGUGCUAUAUGCGGAGAAUAUUUAACUAUCUGCAGUAAUGCCAAAUAUAAACUUAACACCCUUUCUGAAAAGGGACUUUUAAAAUGAAUCUACCAUAUCUGAAUGGUUGAGUAAAGAGAAUAAAAGGAGGCAUUAUCGAAUUUAAAGCUCCUCAUGUGGAUAUCUUUUGUUUCUACCCUUAGGAUUUUUAAGGAUUUUAAAUAUCACAGUUCAAUUUUGGAGUUUGUAAAUGUGAACGUAGUACAUACAAGCAUGCAUUUGACUUACUUUAAAAGACUUUCAAUGUCAGUUUAGAUUAAUGAUUGAAAGAGAAAUUUGUUUGAUUUAUCAAGCUUUUUAUCCCCGUUUCCUCAAUCUACUUAAGUUGCUGUUUAAAACAGUCAAUUAUUCUCUACACUACAAACCAUUAUUGAACACUCUAAUGUCCUGCAAAAGUUCUCGGUUUUUUGUUUAGUACUAUUUUUAAUGAGCAAUAUAAUGAUACAACAUGAGAUUUCCUUAAUUCUUGUUUACAUGCAUCUGGAAUGUUUUGACAGGACUAGACAGUCCUGGGGGGGGGGGGGGGGUAAUACUUUGGGAUAUACAAGCAGAAGGCAUUGUACUUCCUAACAUUGACUGUGGAUGAGAAAAUAAGGAAUCUGGACAGUGAAGUAGUGAGUGCCUUAUCAAAUCCUGAAAUGUAAAUUACCUAUAAUGUGCACACUUCAGCCUUGUUGCAUAAGGCUAGAACAAAGAUUUUUGUCCUUUGAUCCUUCCUCUGUCCCUCCUUGUUUAACACUUGUAUGAUAUAAUCCAAUAAGUGCAAAAUGUAUGUGCUUCACGAGUGGAAUCAAAAUGCCUCAAUCUUUGACAGAAAGAUUUGGAAUGCAUAAAGAGAUUUAGGGAAUAUUAGAUUUGCUGAAUAAAGAUUCAAAAUAUGGUUUGUGAGCCUGACUCUUAAUAUAUAACGGUUAUCAUGUAGUAGAAUAAAAACUUUACUGAAACCAUCUGGUAUGAUUUGUUUGCAGCUAAAUUGCCACAAAGAAAACUACAUGCCUACAGUUGAGAAUACUCCACAGAUACUUGUCACACCAAACUUUUGUCCAUAUUCUUCACUGAUUAUUUUACAAAAGCUUCUUAAAUUUUAAGGGAGCUCCUCUCCCCACAAUAUCCUUCCUUGUAAUAUCUCCCACUUCCUCAACAUUCAAAAGGAAUUAUUUAGUUAUCACAAAAUGAGAUAUGAUCUUUGUAGAGUGUGCAUUUUUUUGGCUCUAAUGUUUUGGAUGAAUGUUACUGUUAUUUACAGUGAAACACAGCUCCAGAGAACUUGUACUGAGUGUCAAUGGUGCUGUUUAACUUUCCAACUAAUGUUUUCAGGAAGGAUGCCAUUUUUGCAUAAUUAAUUUCUUGAAGAGAAAACUAGAAAAAUUCCCGAACUGAACUUUCUGUGCAGGUAGCAAUAAAAUAUAAUACUUUAAGUUGAGCUCAGUAGAUAAACAUCAUUGGAAUAACGUGAUUUUAAGUAACACUACGUUUUUUUUUUAAUUUGGAUAGCAGGUCAUCAAGAAUGUCUGACCCCAUAGUGUCUCAAGUUCCUUCGGAAGGAAAAACUGACUUUUAAAUAGUUUGUUUACAUUAAUGGUGGAUUUGAUAUUUGCAGAAUGUGUAGCUAUUGAACACUUACUCGUUAGCCAAGAUAAACUAAUUGAAAAUGUCAAAUGUAAUAUCACAGUGGGAAUUCAAUUCUAUAAUUUUCAAAUAUAAACAAAAGAUCAAUUUUCACUCCUAAUAUUAAACCAUGUACAGCUUGUUUUGAUUGUAAAGCUAACCAACUUGUGUAUUUGAGAUUUAAUUCACUUUAUACCCUAAAUAAUUUAUAUAGAUAUAUAAAAACACUACUAUGAACAUAUUGAGUGAUCUGUUAUUGGCCCUGGGUUUGUGCAGUUUUGAGUUUUUUAUGCAUAACUUGUACACUUCAUGUUGGGAAUUUGGACCCGUAUUCAGAAAGGUUACACAAUGCAUGAUGUUGAUUCCAAUUUACACUUUUUGCACAUUUACCUUUAUGAAUAUGGGGUCUCAAUGUGAAAUGAAACAAUUUACCAAAUUGAGGAUGGUAGUUAGAUUUUUAAAUUUUAACCCAGACUUGCAAAAGAUUGUAUAAAAUGUAGCAUAUGCUUGCAUACUACAGGGAGGCAAAAAAUAUGGGAAAUGCCUGUAUGUAUUGUAUUUAAACUGGGGGACCAAGCUUCAGUCACAAAUCUUUCUUUACAGUUUAUUCCUUGAGGACUAGCAAGCUGCUUAUAGCAAAGGCAUAUCGCAUUUUAAUCUUCCCAGCUAUCUGCUUUUUACAGUAUUGAUCAGUGUAGGUUAUUUUUCCUAGUUUUCACUGUUUCGAGCCUCUGCUUUAGGUUAUAUUCUGCAGAUAGCUGGACAUCCAUGUGAGAAUUCAGGGUUUGAGUGGCCAUGCUAACCUUGAUUUGUUGGGGUUGAUCUUUUUUGCAUAUUUAAAAACCUCGAUCAAUCAGUAAAAAGUUUGUGCUAUUUGCAAAAGUUAUUUGAAUGAUCUUUGUAUUAGGACCAGGGAGUAAAUUCUAAAAAAGUCGCAUGGCAUAGAAACAGGUUCUUUGCCCAUUAUGUUGGCAUCAAGCGUCUCCCUACACUUCUAUCAACUUCCCAUAGAUUCUACCAGUUAUCCACACUAAGGGCGAUUUACAGUGGCAAUUAAACUACCAAUCUGUGCGUGUUUGGGAUGUGGGAGGGAACUGAAGCAUCUGUAGAAAAGUCACCAUCACAGAGAACAUGUAAAACUCCUGGGGCAGCACUGGAGAUCAAGAUUGAACCCAGGUUGCUGGAGCUGUGAGGCCAUUACAUUUGCAGGUAUAUAUUACUACAAUUAAAUCUGAAGUACAAGUUGUGUUUAAAUUUGCUGAUUCAUUGUUGUAAAUGGACUGUCGGAUUUUUGUUGGCGGGGCAAAUGGUAACUAAGGAGGGCAACCCUAACGAAGUGUGCUAUUUAUAAACCUAUUUCGCACAUAAUUACUUUGCCUUUUUGUACUUUUAUACCUUUUGUUGGAUUAUUAAUGAGUCUGUCACAAACAUACGUUUUAAGGAUUAAUAUGCCAUAAGGAUAUUGUGGGAAUGAAGAGAGAGUGCAGAAAGUGAUGGUGAGAUGAAAGAUCACAGUCAUAAUCUUAGUGAAUAGUUGAAUUGGUAUAAGGGUGCCAAUGGUCUAUUCUUGCUUCUAUUUCUCAUGUUAUAAACAAUUACUUCAAAGAAAAACGAAUUGAUUUGAUAACCUACAGAAGUUCUUAGAAUAGGAAAUGUUGGAAAUACUUAGCAGGUAGGGCGACUUCUUCAAUCUGUUAAUCUCCCCCCACUUGUUUCCUGAGGUGAGUUUUUGCAGCAUUUUCUGUUUUCAUUUCAGAUUUAAAGCAAGUGUAGUUUCUCUGUUGGAAGAUUGUAAAACACAAACUAGUCUCUCUCCUUCCCCACACACAAUCUUCGUUCAAACAGGAGUGAUGGCAUGGGUCGAUUUUCUUGUUUAAUUCGAUUGCAUGAGGAUGUAAUUAUGUUUUAAAUAAGAGACCAAUAUUUCACUAUGUAUGCUUGAUGGUAACAUUUAUAGUGUAACAAUUGUUUUGUGGACAGGAAGGUAGCCUGUAGCUGGAGCUCCUUGUGCCCCUUAUUUUCCAAGUUCUCAUAAGAAUUUCACAAGGCAAGGAUUGGCAAUUUUGCAACUGGCAAAAAAUGAAAGAAAAUAUGAAUUUGCUUGACCUAUACAUCUUGUCUUGACCUGGAACAGUAGAAUAAAGCCUACACUCUUGUGCAUUGAAGGGUAGAAACUGAAAAAUCAUAGUGAGAAUGGUGGAGAUAUUUCACUAUUUCUGCUCACUUGCUAACUGUCACCUUUCCACCAGAUUUCCUCCUUUGUGGGUCUUCUGGCCAUUUUAACAUUCAUGUUACUGUAUUCCAUAUAUUUCUCCCUUUCUGGGUAGAUGGGAUUCGGCAUUGGUCUCUGAUCAACAAUUAUUAUUACGGGUGGACCUAGCAAUCCUAGCAUUCACAGUGCGAUUAAGAAUGUUCAAUUGAAGUUAGAUAUUUAAUAUUGUUUCCAUUGAGGCCUUUUGUACUGUGGAUACUAGCAUAAACUGUUACUAUAUUCUCACUGGUGGAAAGUAAUAACGCAAUGUGAUCACAACAUUCCAGCAAGUAAUCCAGUGAUAGCUGAGAGUGAGAUGAAAAAUCAGAUAUUCUGUGCUAUAUUCUAUUAGUCAUAGGAACAGAGUUUGAGAGAGCAAUAUGUCUGCAUCUUUUAACAACAUUUUAUUGCCUGCAUAUCCCUGCACCAUGAAGUUGAAAUGUUAGCAGUUGCGUAUCAUUUUGGCUAGCCGUUGAUUAAGGGGCAUCAGGAAGAGACUGUUUUGCACUGUCUGGCAGCUUUCAAUGGUGAAGGCAACUUUGAUUGUUGUUGCAGAGCCAUAAUAUACUGUUUUCAUUCAUCAAGCACAGGUGAUUAGAAGAUUUAAACUUUCCAUAGCUGGUAUUUUACCAGGUGAGCAGAUAAAGCCCAAUGCUGUAUGGAUUUGAAAGGGGAGGGAGACUGAGCAACAAUCUUGCUUUGUAUCAACAUCGCGAAUCAUAUAAGGCUGGCCAUCUGAUAACUAUGGGUACUACAAGCUCCAUGAGGGCAAAUAUAAAAGUCUGUUCGGUAGGGGAAAUACAGUUUGAGCUGAAAAGUCAUCUUUAGCUUCAGUAAGGUUGUGUAUAGAAUGAAUAUUAUACCUGUAGAUGUUCUACCUUCACGCAAAGUAACUGUUCUGUCAUAGGUCUGGGAUGUUAACAUUUUAUUAUUCAUUUGGUGGGAUAUACAAACUUAAUACCUUGUUGUGUAUUUCUAUGCUUGUAUCUUUUUGAAGAAAAUUGAAGCAUGGCAGCCAUCGGCAGUGGUGUAUUGAACUAAAAUAUGUAUUACUGAUCUUUCACAGAAUUUUUUUUAAGUAAACCAAAUGUAAAUUAUGUAGAAUAAUGAAUUAAAGUGUGCCAAGUCCCUUCUUUGUAGUGCCAGACUCUCCAAGUGCCAAUGUGGUGGAAAUUUAGGUUGGACUUGUAUAUUAGGUCCUGUUAAAAGGAAACUUUAAACUAUUUAAGAGCUAUAACUGCUGUUUUUAAAUUGUCAUUUUAAUGCAUGUAUUGAUGUUUGGGGAGGGACACAGUUUUUGAAAAAUAAAAAAAAAUCUUGUAUAAUUCACCCAAGAAGGGUCUUACUGGUUAUUAAUACAGUAUUUUUCGGCCAUAAUUUUGUAAUAGUUUCAUUUGACCUCUGUAGCUUGACCCUCAUGGAAACAUGAAGUUGAUUUUCAUAUCCUUAUCCUGAAAUCUCUGUUUUAAAUUGGAAUAAAUUUUGUUCCUAUA